UCGGCUUCACCGGUGACUAAGGCAGGCGGCCAGGAUGUUGAAAGUUGCCAAAUCGGCUUCGGACUGUGGUUACUGGAUCGACGGCUCCAACACAGAGAGCGCCCUGGAAGAUUACUAUCAGAUUGAAUCGGAACUGGGACGUGGUGCUACUUCAGUGGUAUAUCAAUGCAGACAGAAGGGAACUGAGAAGCCUUAUGCUGUGAAAGUACUGAAGAAAACUGUAGAUAAAAAAAUAGUUCGAACUGAAAUAGGAGUUCUACUUCGACUCUCCCAUCCCAAUAUCAUUAGACUGAAAGAAAUAUUUGAGACUCUAACAGAGAUUAAUUUGGUUCUGGAACUGGUCACAGGAGGAGAGCUAUUUGACAGGAUUGUUGAAAAGGGAUAUUACAGUGAAAAUGAUGCUGCAGGUGCUGUCAAACAAAUUCUGGAGGCAGUUGCAUACCUGCAUGAAAAUGGGAUUGUUCAUCGUGAUCUCAAACCUGAAAAUCUUCUCUAUGCUUCUCCUACACCAGAUGCAUUGUUAAAAAUAGCCGACUUUGGACUUUCCAAAAUUGCGGAUGAUCAAGUGACCAUGAAGACAGUAUGUGGAACACCAGGAUAUUGUGCUCCUGAAAUCUUACAAGGCUGUGUUUAUGGACCAGAGGUUGAUAUGUGGUCAGUGGGAGUCAUCACCUACAUACUGCUGUGUGGUUUUGAACCAUUCUACGAUGAGAGGGGCGAUCAGUACAUGUAUAAGAGGAUUCUGAACUGUGACUAUGAUUUUGUCUCCCCCUGGUGGGACGAGGUCUCAGUUAAUGCAAAAGAUUUGGUUAAAAAGUUGAUUCUUUUGGAUCCAAAGAAACGUCUAACUACCUAUCAGGCCCUACAACACCCCUGGGUAAUAGGAAAAUCUGCAAAUUUUAUACAUAUGGACAAUGCACACAAGAAACUUCAAGAAUUCAAUGCCCGUCGCAAACUAAAAGCUGCUGUAAAAGCUGUAGUGGCAUCCAGUCGCCUUGGAAGUUCAAAUAGCCAUACCAAUGUUGAAAAUAGCAGCAUUGAUCCCAACAACUCAUCUUUCCAGCAGAAUGAAGCAAUGGAAAAUAAAAAUCAAGAAACAGUGGAAGGUGAUGUGCUUCAAAUCACUGGUGAUGUCAGCGCUGGUGAUGUCAGCAGUGAUGUCAGUGCUGGUGAUAUUAAUGUUAGUGAUGCCAAUGCUGGUAGUGUUAGUCUUGGUAAGAUCAUCACUGAUAAUGGCAACAGUGAUGUCAGCUUUGGUAAUACUAGCUUAUCCGUUAUACAGGACACAUCGCAAGGUGAGAAAUAUGCUGAAGAUAUAUAAAAAAGGUUGAUGGCUAGGGUGAUGCACAGGAACUGGGACAUGUACACAGUCCUUUACAGAAAUUUUAUCACACACAGUAAGAAAAAAUAGCAGAACCAACAUUACAAGUCGUCUUUAUGAGUACAGCUAAAAAUAACCCAUUUCACUGCAGCAGUUAUUUAAACUAUAUCUGUGCAUGAGAUGUCGGUGAUGUGGCUUAGCUUUUGUGUUGAUUCAAUAAUGGCUGUUAAUUGAUGUGCAUGCUGGUAAUGAGGAAGGUUCCACUGUAUUUUCUUGCAUGCAACUGCUUCAUAAAGACAGUAACAAGAGCCUAAUGGCUUACAUAAUGCAAAAUGUUAUUUAAAAUUUUAAAAUAUGCACUCAAUUGCAUAAGCCUUCAGCAGAAUUUCAAUCCGUCGUCAGUUAGGAGAUUUUCAGCUAAAUUUGUCUAUUUUAUGUUUUACAUCUAAAAUUGUGUUGAAGUAAAUCCAUACAAUGUUAUUCAAACUAGUUUCUUCUGUGGUGCAUUCUAUACUUAGUUUUAUUAUUAAUAAGAAUUAAAAUGACACAUUUUCAUUGCAGUUUUGCACUAUAGCUUUUCUCCUUCAUAAAUAUUUUGGGGCAGUUCAAGCAGUUUACUCUACUUAAUUUGAAUAAUGAAAUGCUUCAUUCCAUGUCCUAAAUCAUUUCCUAAAAACAGCACAAAAGGUGUAAAGGAACAAAAACACUGACAUUCAGUAAAUUUAGAGUGACUUAUUUCUGUUGUUAUCAAAAGAUCAAAAGUGUUAAUAUCACCAAAGUGCUUUUCCAGUUUUAACAGUUCAAAUGAAAUUAAACUAAUAAACCUUCACUAUAGAGCAUGCAACAAAUACAAGCAAUAUGUGUAAUGCAUUUUUAUAUUCAUUUUGAAAAAAUAACAGGCAUAUUUAUUCAGCAGGGUUUUGUCUCAAAGGAAAUUGUUGAUAAUCUUUAAGUGCUUUCAGAUUGUAUGUAUUGAUAUUUUGAAUUCUUUCACCUUUGUGGAAUCAUUAAUGUUGAAGUUAAAUGUGCCACAUAUCAACUAUUUCAAACUGGAAAUAUGCUGUGAAUGUUCUGAAUAUGAAAUUAAGUGUCUUUUUCAGUGUUUGUAAUGGAACUAUCCAGUGCAUGCUAUACAGAACAAUAUUAUAGAACAUUUUUAGCAAAUGCUAGCAUGCUACUAAGCAUUAAUAAUAAUAAACAUAGUUAAGAUAAUCAAAAAGAGUUUUUGCUACCCAGUUUGAAUCACCCAAUUUAAUUGUAUUCAUACCGGUGAUCGGAGUGUUACAUUCAAGCAGUAUAUUGAUGAUUAAAUGCACUGACUCAUAA